ACCAGGCUCGGGGCGCCAGGAGUCGGGGGCAGCCCUCCGGGGCGCCGGGACCAUGGCGCUGCGCGCCCGGGCGCUGUACGACUUCAGGUCGGAGAACCCGGGCGAGAUCUCGCUGCGGGAGCACGAGGUGCUGAGCCUGUGCAGCGAGCAGGACAUCGAGGGCUGGCUCGAGGGGAUCAACAGCCGCGGGGACCGCGGCCUCUUCCCGGCCUCGUACGUGCAGGUGAUCCGAGCCCCCGAGCCCGGCCCGGCGGGCGACGGCGGCCCGGGCGCGCCGGCCCGCUACGCCAACGUGCCACCCGGCGGUUUCGAGCCCUUGCCCGCCGCGCCGCCCGCCUCCUUCAAGCCGCCGCCCGACGCCUUCCAGCCGCUGCUGCAACCGCAGCAGGCGCCGCCGCCGAGCACCUUCCAGCCGCCGGGCGCCGGCUUCUCGUAUGGCGGGGGUGCCCUGCAGCCGUCGCCGCAGCAGCUCUACGGCGGCGGCUACCAGGCCAGCCAGGGCAGCGACGAUGACUGGGACGACGAGUGGGACGACAGCUCCACGGUGGCUGACGAGCCGGGCGUUCUGGGCAGCGGCGCGUACCCGGACCUCGACGGCUCGUCGUCGGCGGGGGGCGUCGGCGCUGCGGGCCGCUACCGCCUGUCCACGCGCUCCGACUUGUCGCUGGGCUCCCGCGGCGGCUCGGCGCCCCCGCAGCACCACCCGUCGGGGGCCAAGAGCUCGGCCACCGUGAGCCGCAACCUCAACCGCUUCUCCACCUUCGUCAAGUCGGGCGGGGAGGCCUUCGUGCUGGGCGAGGCGUCGGGCUUCGUGAAGGACGGGGACAAGCUGUGCGUGGUGCUGGGGCCCUACGGCCCCGAGUGGCAGGAGAACCCCUACCCCUUCCAGUGCACCAUCGACGACCCCACCAAGCAGACCAAGUUCAAAGGCAUGAAGAGCUACAUUUCCUACAAGCUGGUGCCCACGCACACGCAGGUGCCAGUGCACCGGCGCUACAAGCACUUCGACUGGCUGUAUGCGCGCCUGGCCGAGAAGUUCCCCGUCAUCUCGGUGCCCCACCUGCCCGAGAAGCAGGCCACCGGCCGCUUCGAGGAGGACUUCAUCUCCAAGCGCAGGAAGGGCCUGAUCUGGUGGAUGAACCACAUGGCCAGCCACCCGGUGCUGGCUCAGUGUGAUGUCUUCCAGCACUUCCUGACCUGCCCCAGCAGCACCGACGAGAAGGCCUGGAAACAGGGCAAGAGGAAGGCCGAGAAGGAUGAGAUGGUGGGCGCCAACUUCUUCCUGACCCUGAGCACACCCCCCGCCGCCGCCCUCGACCUGCAGGAGGUGGAGAGCAAGAUCGACGGCUUCAAGUGCUUCACCAAGAAGAUGGACGACAGCGCGCUGCAGCUCAACCACACGGCCAAUGAAUUCGCGCGCAAGCAGGUGACGGGCUUCAAGAAGGAGUAUCAGAAGGUGGGCCAGUCCUUCCGCGGCCUCAGCCAGGCCUUUGAGCUGGACCAGCAGGCCUUCUCGGCCGGCCUGAACCAGGCCAUCGCCUUCACCGGAGAUGCCUACGACGCCAUCGGCGAGCUCUUCGCCGAGCAGCCCAGGCAGGACCUGGACCCCGUCAUGGACCUGUUAGCGCUGUAUCAGGGGCACCUGGCCAACUUCCCCGACAUCAUCCACGUUCAGAAAGGAGCUCUUACCAAAGUAAAGGAGAGUAGGCGACACGUGGAAGAAGGGAAGAUGGAGGUCCAAAAGGCUGAUGGCAUUCAGGAUCGCUGUAACACUAUUUCUUUUGCCACUUUGGCAGAAAUUCACCACUUCCAUCAAAUUCGAGUAAGAGACUUUAAAUCACAGAUGCAGCAUUUCUUACAACAACAAAUAAUAUUUUUCCAAAAAGUGACGCAGAAGUUGGAAGAGGCUCUUCACAAAUAUGAUAGUGUUUAAUGACUGGAGGUUGGAUUAUGGACUUUUUUUCAGUUCAAGGAUAAUUUCUACAGCAGAAUAAUAACUGCUAUCAAAGAGCUAUUGCCAACUGUCAGCAGUGGUACAAGGAUGGUUUUGUGUUCAACUGAAACUCGGCUGAAUAUAUAAUUAUGUAGGAAAGAAGCAGUUAAUAUGGUUAUAUAAUAGAAACAGUACCACACAUUGUAACUAAAUUAUACUAUGUAUGCCUACACUACCAUUGUAACUUUUGGAAUAAUGAUUAUACUAUUUGCCUUAUUGCUUUUUGAAGUAUGGGUAUUUUAGUGCAUACUUUGUAGACCUCAAAACCCAUGAAGGGUCUCAAAGAAGCUGGCUGGAUAAAAGCCUGCUGUGGAUGCCUUUUUACUCUCACAGAUUGGGAUUACCUAAAUUCAACUUAUUCUCUGUUUACAAACUCCAACUAGAGCAGCUAUGCGACUUUGUGCCUUUAGACUCUUGGUUUUUUCAUUUCUCCACCCCCCACCCCCUUUUUAAAGUAACCACAACUUUUCUGACUGAAAGAGUGAAAGGCCAGUGCACAUAAUGACAAACUGCUGGGAACCUCCUGUUGAUGCUGGGGGCAGGGUGGGAGGGUCAGCUGUCAUCAGUUUGCCCAGCAAGUUUUGUCUUCUGAUACAUGCUGGUGAGCACAGUGGAGGGACACGCAUGCCCAUCUUUGGAUGUGGUGUCUGUUAGGGAAGAAAACGGUGCCACUCUGUUCCCUUAGAUGCUACAGUAGCAUAGCCUCUUCACUCAAGUGUCCUGGAAACUUGGUGUGGAGAUUUCGUCGAACAUGUCUUACAACCCAGAGGAGGAGUCUAAUCAAUUGGAGACACGAGCACAGAAUCAGUGACAACACACACUCGGUUUUAAUUCUUAGGAGGGUUUUCUUUUCUUUUCUUUUUUUUUAGCUUGAAGAUUUUCUUUUAACAUUCAGUGUGAUUUUUGUUUUGUUUUGUUUUGUUACUGGAUCUACACUGUUAACUGAUGGAGACUCCACUGUGAUUCACUCGUUUACUUAAUCAAAAACUUUUCAGGGAUGUCUAUAAAAUUCAGUGUUAUACGUGAUGAAAAGUAGUGUUGGUUGAUCUAAGGAGGGACCAGAAAUAAUUUCUACUAUUCCAAAUGCUGGCGGAAAAAAGUAUUUGUUUUUGUUUCUGUUUUUAAGUAUUGAUAAGCCCCCAGAACAUUUAACCUUAAAAAUUACUUUAUAUUCUUUUAUUAUUAUAAGGGAAAUACAAUGGCUGAUAAAUACCAAAACGAUUCAAAAGCAGCUUAAUUUAAAAAGCACAAAGAGAUUCUGGUUAGAAAUGCCAGAAUCUCAAUGUUCUUAUAGUUGCUGAGCUCAAUAAUGUGAUUCUUGAGUUUACAGAUUUAAAAACUGUCACUGAAAGGUUAAAGUAUUUACUGUUUUUAAUGAAAUCAAACUUACGCUGCCUCAGAAAUCCCUGGGUAUUAAAAUGGUUAACAUAGAAGUAAAGAGGUCAGUUUGAAAUGCUUGUGAGUCACAUUGAUUAAAGAAAAGGGUCAAUUUGCAGAUAGUCAUACAAAGAGAAGGUUAUUGAAAUGAUUAUUCAACAGCAAAUUUACUCUUAAAAGUAAUCUCACAUGGGUUGAAUUUUUAAGAUCAGAGUAUCAUAAUUUUGAUCAAAAUUUUAUACCUUAGGGAACUUCGAGCCAGAUUUAACAUCAUGUGGCUUUGUCUCUACUACCAACAUGUGGAACUGUAACCAAAUAUAUUGUUCUUUAAAAAAUAACUUUCUCUUGUUGAUUGCAAAAUACAGUUCUAUAAACAAAACCCAUAUAUAUAUAUAUAUAUAUAUAUGUGUGUGUAUAUAUAUAUAUAUGUGUGUGUGUGUAUAUAUAUAUAUAUGUGUGUAUAUAUAUAUAUAUAUAUAUAUAAAUGUUAAUUUUAUUGCAGAAGUUUGGAGAUUAUAAUGAUAGCAUUUAAUUUAAGUUUGAGUUUGUAUUGGACAAAUAAGCACUAUGCUUUCCAAAUGAUUGGAAAAUCAGUUUUACUUGCCUCCUUUUUUGGCAGUGGUUUGAUUUUUUUUGUUUGUUUAAGUAAAAAAAAUCACUAAACUUUGCAAUGGUAGCACUGAAAUUAUCUGAGGCGUCUUGUAUGAUUGUGCUUUGGCCAGGGCGGACAUAGCUUAAAUUAUAAAAACUGAAGAUUAAAGAGAAAGGAAGUAUAAGUUCAUGCUGCCUAUUUAGAAGAGAACUUUCAUUCUUCAUAACUAUAUAACAUUAUAAUGCCACUGAUUCAUAAGGGGUUUAAAUUAAUUCUGUGGGGUAGGACACCGGAAUUAUUAGUGUUCAUUUUCAUCUAAGAUCUUUAUAUCUCUAACGUUCUUGGUCCUAUUGAAACAUUUCAGUAUACAAAAAUACUGCAAUGUUAAUACCCAAGAGAAAAGCCAUCGUAAUGUGUAUGCUGGUCAUUAUGAUCAGUGUGGUACAGUUUUUAAAAAUAAACUAUCAUGUCCUUCAUGCCAUUAUUUGUCUUUAUUUCUAUAAUUUAUACUUCAGAUAUAUGAUAUAUUUAGAACAGGAAGGCAUGCACUUGAGCUUGGCUGUGCUAUUUUAACUAGAGACAGAGUCGUUCAUAUGCUGUAAGUAUAAUGCAGCGAGCGAGACUGGUUCUACAGCCAUGCAUUGGAACCCUGUUUCUCUUCUAGGCUUUUGUAUCUGAAGGUACAGUUUAAAUCUGGAAUAAGGGAACACAUUUGAAAAUGAAACGGAAAGUCAGUGCUCCUUGGCUUGAAUAGUCAUAAUUGGGAUUUUCUUAGGCUUCACUGAUACAGUUGUCUUAGAUUUAUUCAUAACAAUACAGCAGAUUCUUAAAUGCCGAUUUUUAAUUGUCUUGAAUUUUGCUGCUGUUCUCAUCAUUAAGGACUUGAAAAAAUGUUUUAGUCUCUCAAGUCAAGCGUGUAAAGUUUAUUGUAUAAACUUUUAAAUGUCAUUCUUUCCUAAGUUCAUUUUUUCUAUUCAUUUACUAAGCCAUUUUUUCCAUUUAUGCUUUUAUUUCCUCAGAAUCGAAUACCAUCUCUGAUACUUUUAAAUCCAUAAUCCAGUUUUCUCAUUUCCAACCUUACUUUGGCUAACAGAAUAAGUGAAACAGGAUACUAUUUAUUUACAGGCUAAAAAUGUUGAAUAUUGUUUUUUUCCUUCAAAAUGUUAUGAUUAGUGCAGAUCAGCCAUGUUUAUCUUUUAAAAAUAAACAAAGGUUGCUUUAUUUCUCAGCUUCAAUGGAAUAUUAUAAUUAUUUUUUCUCCAGUAGUCAAGGAGGCAUUUAUUUAAUGUGAAAGACUUAUACAGAAACAUAGAAGAGUGAGUUCACUGUCUUAAGCUUCCACCUGCAGUUGCCAUAUAAAUUGUUCAUGAAAUUAUGUAGUAAAUUUGAUUAAUUUAAAUCCAUAAGCCAUUUGGGUGGUCCUACUGCGUAUCUGCUUAUGUUAGUAACUUCAGUAACUAUUAAGCUUAUAGCAAUAAAUUGUGAGUGAGAUGUUUUGGAAUAAUAGCUGUUGUGAGCCCCGCACCUGAUGCAGAGUAGGUACUUAAGGAAAGCACUUCACACGCUAUCUCUGUUGGAAACUGACGCUGUUGGCCGCCAGCUCAAACCAGCCUGAUCCAAAAUGUAAAGGGUCACGGGUGGGUACCAGAACCUGGCGAACCCCACACGGGGCCAAAAGUCCCAUCUUUUGGGACUAAGAACUAAGAACAAGAACUAAGCUUGCCCUCUACGUGGGGCUUUUUAAUUUGUCAAUUUCUUUUCUUUAUGGGUCUAUUUUAUUCUUUUCCUGUGGCUAGGCUUUCUCAGCACCUUCUAAUAUAUCUAAAAUGGCCAAGCCAUCUCGCAGUUCAUAAGUUUCUUGGGCCAGUGGUGGACACCUGACCCAAGCUGGACAAAUCAGCUGUGGCCUGGGAUUAGGGGGUGGGGCAUGAGAAGGAGAGGUUCCCUUAGAGGGUGUUUGAGGGAAGAAAGGAAACCACAGGAGCUAAUGUCAAGUCAGAGGUUUAAUUCCACUUGGUCAGGGUCAGAAUCAGCCAUGACAAGUUCCCCUUGGUCACAGGUAGAAGCAACCAACAAUUCUCCACGUGGUAGGCUCUGGUGAGUCUGAGGUGGGUGGUGUAGACUUCUAGGCAGAGUACAGAAGGGCGCUAUGCUGGGGGUCUGGGGGCAGGAACAUGGAAAAACCCAGCUGAGGAUUCACUUCUAUCCCAGGCCUCUGAAUUGGUGGGCAGUUAAUCUAGGAUUGGAUCAUAGCUAAAGCCUUUCUAGGGGUCAUCAGUUCCUCCUACUUGGUCCUGACCCUAGGAUGUCCCAAUCCCAUCAUUCCUGUGGCAGAGAUGGAGCUUCCAAAAGUGGCUUGUUUUAUUAAAGGCAGUUCAACUUCCUUGGGUGAAAAGAGGCUUAGAAA